AUGGAGAAAAGGCUCAUACAUAAUGAACGUGAUGGGGACAUGAGAGAACAAGCAAUAAAAAUUCGAGAUAAUAAUCUUAAGGAAAGCAGUGAGGAAGAAGUUGUAUUGCGAAGGAAACUGGAGAACUCGACGACGAUUUCAGACUUUAAAGCAAUAAAAAAUAAAAAUUUAUUCAACCAAAUAACACAACUGGAAUCACAUUUUGUGGGCCUUCUUUUGGGGCUUACAUUAGAAUAUUAUGAUCAUCAUUUGAGAUGA